CGACGCUUGUACGCACAGUGCGCAGCGGCGGAGCAGGAGGAUAUAAAUCACAGUCCCGGAGACAGUGUCCAGAAAAGACGCUGUCUCUCGAGCUGCUGCUGUCCACCCGAGCUGAGCCUGAGAGGACGGACACACACAGACUGUCUCCGCUGCCUCUGUACUCCAGCAGCUGCUCGAUGAAUGCAGCAAUGCACGAAAAACAUGUCUCACAAAGAAGAUAGUGAAGGGAAAAAGUGCUCUCACCCCACUGGAUUGUACGCCAGCAUCCCACGAACAUGUCUGCCCAUUGUGUACCACCCGGACUACAACAUCACUUUCAUGGGCCUUGAAAAGCUCCAUCCAUUUGAUUCAGGGAAGUGGGGGAAAGUCAUCCGCUUCUUGAAAGAGGAGCAGUUCCUCACCGAUGGGAACAUCGUGGAAGCCCUUGAAGCCACUGAGGAGGAUCUGCUGGUGGUUCACACCAAAGGUUACCUCAACAGAUUAAAGUGGUCACUGGUGGUGGCAACGAUCACAGAAAUCCCCCCUCUCAUGUGUCUGCCUAAUUUUCUGGUGCAGCGGAAGGCUUUGAGGCCUUUACGGACACAGACAGGAGGGACAAUAAUGGCAGGGAAAUUGGCUGUUGACCGAGGGUGGGCCAUAAAUGUGGGAGGAGGCUUCCACCACUGCUCCAGUGACAAGGGAGGGGGCUUCUGUGCCUACGCUGACAUCACUCUGGCCGUCAAGUUUCUGUUUGAGAGAGUGGAAGGCAUCUCCAGGGCGACCAUCAUCGAUCUCGAUGCUCAUCAGGGAAAUGGGCAUGAACGUGACUUCAUGGAUGACAGUCGAGUGUUCAUCAUGGAUAUGUAUAAUCGCUACAUAUAUCCCGGGGAUGGAUUUGCUAAAAGAGCUAUAAAAAGGAAGGUGGAGCUGGACUGGGGCACUGAAGACCCAGAGUACCUUCAGAAAGUAGAGCUCCACUCUGAGGGAACAUUGAAUGAGGUCCGACCCGACAUCAUCAUAUAUAAUGCAGGGACAGACAUCUUGGACGGGGACCCGCUUGGAGGACUCUCCAUAUCACCACAGGGUAUUGUAAAGAGAGAUGAGAUAGUGUUCCGAGCUGCAAGGCGACGGGGCAUCCCAAUACUCAUGGUAACAUCUGGCGGAUACCAGAAAAAAACAGCCCGCAUCAUCGCUGACUCCAUUCUCAACUUGCACCAGCAGGGUUUGAUUGGAGCAGAAGCUCUGGAGGGGGAGGGCUCGUCAUUGCCUGUGACCAGUAUGCUGUCCCACUCAGGACCUGCAGGGUCACCAUUCACCGCUGUGUAAGGCCUGGGGUAUACUCGCUGUUUAACCAUGCGUAAGUGUAGGCGAGCGGCUGGGUCGUGAACGGAAUUGUUCACAUACUUGCAUUGUUACUGCAUGUUACUGGAGGAUUCCAGUUACCCGGACUAAAGACUGUAGAGAGCUCUGCAAAAGUUUCAGAGUGAUCUUUAUGCCACUUCCAGAUUUGUGUGCGAUAUAUACAUAAGCAAAGACGGCGACACUCUAGGAGAUCGACGUUUGGCUAAUGUUAAGAUCAAGACAACAAAAGAUAUGAUCGUGCAUACUUGGGUUGUAUGUUGAAAUUGGCGAGCUUACUUCUCUCAUUCUGCCAAUGCAGCUCCGCCAUAUCUGUCACUGACCUUUAUGUGGAUUUUACAUUUUGCAUAAUUGUCGCUUUGAUUUCUGUGGACGAAGCAGCUGUUUUGCGUAUGCGUAGUUUACAGCAAAUAUACCGCAGGCCAAUACUCACAGCUGUGACCUCUAUAGCUGUGAUGUUUGAAGGCAGCAGUAAUAUUGUGAGGAAGGAUGCGUGUUUGCACAUGUACAACAAAACGUUCUCAAGCAUUGUUACAUUUUUAAUGUUUAAGUUGGUGAUUAAUUAAAGGGAAUAAUCAUUGAAAGACGGAAUUAGGUGUGAAACAAUAACACUCUCUUGGCUAUAGCAGAUUAACUUAAACUCUCACAUGCCACAAAAAGAGUGUUUAAAUUUUAAUCUAAUGGAGAACAAUGGGGUUAUGUUAAAUGUAUGUUCAGGGCUGUGUAUUAGAGACGCAGUCUUUCAUCUCAGGAAAUGUACUUAUGUCAUUUGUGAAGAAUAUGACUUAUUAAGAGUCCAUGAAAUGGUACAAAGGUCUGUUGUUGCAGAAAUAUGGGAAGUAUGUUAAUUAUCCUCCAUCUGAGAAUAAGAACAAUAAGUGUUUGUGAAAAGUGUAACUACCAAACAUGAUUAUAUGAUGAUCUUUAACCUUCUUAAAUAAUUGAAUGUCUUCUUUAGCCCAUUUAUGUUACAUUUAUGUUUCAUAAUUUGCAGUAUCAAUUGGAGAUUUUCCUCUAGAUAAUAUUGUAAUAACUAAUGAGUUUUUGGUGUUUUGUAAAUCAUGUUCAACCAUUGAUGGGCUUAUUUACUUCUUGAUGCACUUGGUGCUUUAAAUCCACACUGAUAUGUGCAGUUAAUGUUUACAGGGAGAUCACUGUGAUUUCAUCAUCGUAGUAAUGUUGGUUUUUUGUCUCUUACGCCGCAAAUUAGAUUUGAAACAGUAAAACACUGACUCUGAGCAUUUUAACUUUUGUAUAUGGGUUCACCCGACAUUCCCAAGCUCUUGAAAAUCAAAGGUCUUUUUGCAAUGUGUUCCUGAUGUAGACAUCAAAAUGCAAAAACAGAAAAUGCUCAGUGAUUAUACAGCAGACCCGACCAUUGGAGCCUUGUUUUCAUGUGAUUGAUUUGCUGUUGUGAGACAUUCAGAAUUCCCUUAAUGAUGUUUACACAUACAGUAGGAGACUAAGUUGAUGUUUUUAAAAUUUGGAUAUCACUAUUGAUGCAGUAGCUGCAGCAACGUCACUGCUUUCAAAAGACACUAAAUUAUCUUGUUCAAAUGCAGACUGUAUCUCGUUCUGUGUGUGUGUGUAAACGCAUGUGAUUCACCAAUAUACACAUGGUAUGUUGGUGAAUCAGAGAGAGACAGGAAACAGAUGGAAUUAAUGGUAUGACUGUGGAAACUGCAAAAAUGUUGUGUGGGCCUUGUCCAUUAAUUUCUCCAUUUAUUUUGCCAUAAAUCAAUGUAUUGAUAAUGUACCAAUAAAUACAUUUUAUUGGCCAAGUAAAUAGUUUGCAUCUGAGAAUUCUGCUGCAUUGUCCAAAACCUUAGUCCUACAGGGCAAGAAACACCAGUGGCCAGAUAUUUCAACAUUUUGAUAUAGUCUUAGUUCCAGAUCGGUUAAUCUCUGCCAAAAUUAAUGAAUUUAUAAGUAAUUUAGACGAGGUGAUAUUUGUUAGAACGAUUUAGAAUGGGAAGCCACUUCACCCCAUAGCUUAGAACUAAGGAAAGUUUCAAUCAACAAAACUGUGAUGGUUGUGAAAAACAAACUACUCCCAGCAACCACUACUGCAGCUUUGUGGUUAACUUAGAAUUACGUUAGCAGAACAGAUAAUAAUCAGCCUGAAAGUGAACCAAACAUAUUGGUCUAGUUCUUAUAACUGUUCAAAACAUCCAUCAUGGUUUUAGUGACAUUUCAGAUCCUGCCACUUCAGGUUGAGCCAGGUUGUUUAGUUAUGCUGUUGGUUCACUUUGGACAAGUCUCACUGUCUGGUUGUCUGGCUGCUUGUGUUUUCACCAGACACCACAUUUUAUAUUCAAGCCAAAUAAUUUAUUCUUUAAAGUGUUGUGU